AUGUCCAUGAAAAUUAAGAUUAGAUCGUUCUUUGGGUCAUCGAGACAAUAUGUUGUCACUGGAGCAUCUAGCAAUCCCUCCAAGUUUGGCUUUAAGAUAUUACUGUGGUACAUAAGUCACGAAUUGCCGGUUGUGCCAAUUAAUCCUAAAUCUAAAGAGAUUUUAGGUCAGGAAGUGGCUCCUUCGAUUAUUCCAGUUAUGGAAGCUAUAAAGAACAAGAAGGAUUUGGGAUCCCACAAGCUUGCCAAUAAAGAUGGAUUGAGUAUUUCAUUUUUGACUCCGCCAAAUAUUACGGUUGCAACAUUGCAGGAGAUUGCAAGUAUUGAAGGGUAUGAAAAAGUCAUCAAGGGCUUAUGGUUUCAGCCCGGUAGUUACGAUGGAUCAGUGAUUGAAGAGGCCAAAAAAAUUGGUUUAUUUGACCUUGUAGUAUUUGAGGAUGAAUGCAUAUUAGUUAGAGGUGAAGAAGGGUUAUAUAGCGCUAAUUUAUAG